CCACUGGACCAUAUUUUGCAAACCGGUGUGGCAUGACAUAUGGCCCGCUGUGAAUACAUUUGACCAAUUAGAACUCGGCUAAGAAAUUACGUGACAGGUUUUCCCGGGCCGUAUGUCAUACCAUACCUGUGGUGAAGCAAAUCAGGGGGAAUAACUCUAUGAAGUUCGUCUGCAAGGUGACACGAUGGAUUCUUGCAGUAUUUAUUAUGUUGAAUUCGGCGUCAAAAACGGGUUAGGUGUUGCUAGAAGGUUAUGCUGUCAGUAUGGAUUCAGACCGAUUGCAACGAGAAAAUCCUCGAAAGCGAAACAAUGGGCUUUAACGUCUGGUUCCACCAGAUUCCUUGUCACCGAGCCGAUUACAGCGAGUGGGACGUCGCGUUUACAAGCGUCGGACGACAGUCACAAUGUUGAUAAUCUGCACACUGAUCCAUACUUCGUCAGUUUUUGUGAUGGACAAACGGAAUCAAGUCCCGGGGAACACAGAGAUAUCAGAGAUUCCGUCUUUAAUGUCGCUUUCGCCGUAAACGACGUGCUCAAAUAUGUACAGAGACUGAUGCAAUCUGGGGUGCAGUUAAUCAAACCGGUCUCCAGUUUAUCUGAUGAAAACGGUACGGUGUGGACGGCCACAGUGAAGUCAUGCGUUGGCAAUGUCGUUCACACUUUGGUACAAAAAAGUGAUUAUAGUGGCUGUUUUUUGCCAGGUUUUACCGACAUAAACAAUGAGGAUGACCUCUUUGAUUGCUGUGACAAAAACUAUUCUGGGUCAGAAAAAAGUAGUCCAAAUUUGACUCAUAUUGAUCACAUUACAUUUGCUGCUUACUGUGGUUCUGCAGAUGAAAUACUGCAUUGGUAUGAGAGGUGUUUUGGUAUGAAAAGGUUCUUCAUUAACAGAGAAGAAGAUGAAAAUGAGGGAUUUGUUGUGGAUGCUGGUAAUACUGGAUUAAGACUGAAGGCUUUUGAAUACUGGAAAUGUGCUGAGAUUGGUUUAACUUCUGGGAAAGCAAACAGUAUAAAGUUCAUAAUAGCUGAAGCACUUUCAAAUCAAGGACCAAAUCAAGUGGACACAUUCCUUUCUAACCAUGAUGGACCAGGAAUUCAACAUAUUGGCUUGUCAUCAUCCGACAUCGUUUCAUCUGUGUCGGUACUCACAGAUGCAGGAGUUCAGUUUGUGGAGCCACCCUACACUUACUACACUGAGAUUGGAAAACUCAAAGAGAUUACCGAGAUUGGUGAAAAUCUGGACAUGCUGCAGAAAUAUGGAAUCUUGGUGGAUGCAGAGGCUGAUUCUGGGAAUAGCCCAGUAGAACCAACGUCAAAACAGAGAUAUCUGUUACAGAAGUUUACACGUCCACUGUUUGACAGAGAUACGUUCUUCUUGGAAAUUAUCCAGCGCGAGGGAGCAACCGGAUUUGGUGCGGGAAACAUAUCGGCUCUCUGGAGAUCUGUGCAAGCAUACUUGAUUGAAAAGACAAAAAACAGUGACGAUUGAUACUAGUUCCAUCACAAAUGGCUUGCCUUUAUGCCGUAUAUGCAACAUAAUAAAUUAGUAUUCUGUGACAAAUUGCAGGCUGCUUCACCAUGUCAAAUUAUGUUGCUACCCACCUUUGUAAACGAGUGUUGCUGCCCAGCAUCUUGCAUAAGUAUAUAGUUUUGAAACUUACUUUCAACAGUUGUAAAUGUUUUCGAAAUACCAUUAAACAUUUUAUGUAUGAUUUAUUUUUAUAUAAAAAGUCGCUGCCCUGCAUCUUGUGUAAGUAUAUAGAUUUGAAAUUUACUUUCAACAGUCAUAAAUGUUUUCAAAAUACCAUUAAACAUUUUAUAUAUGAUUUAUUUUCAUAUAAAAAGUUAAAGGUCCACAAUCAUGGCACAUUAUUAAUACACAGUAUAUAUAACAAAUACAUAAUUACAGUAUUAAAAAUAAAAACCAAAAAUACCAUCCCAGUGAUUAAUAAAGUGACUUUUUGUAAAACGCUUGGGGGAAAAAACCCAUUGCUCAGUCGGUUUGAUCCACAUCAGACCUGUGACGUAGCAUCGGGCGUUCUGUUAGUAGGUCAACAUGCCAACAGCAGAGAAUGAUUGUUCGAAAAACAGCUGAUUCUUAACAGACGCUAGUUUGGACAUUUUGGUCUUAACACAUUUGUACAUCUACUCUAAUGGUACCUCGAUUGGUGAGGAAGUGGUAUAUAAGCACGUUAACCUAGAUACCUACCUACCUGUGAAAAGCAGAACACAAAUUCAGUCCCGACUUUUGAAAGUGGGAUAUUAACAUUUGACUAAUAAAAAAUAUGUGUUCAGAUCAUAACGCAUUUAAAACAACAAGCAGAAUAAAUAACGUAACAGGUAUGAACACAUACAAAUAAUAAUACGAUUUAUCUUGCUACCUAUACCCAUUACUACAGGUGUUGUUAAUUGUUUGUUAAGCUUUCAAAGAGGCGCGAUUAUUUCGUAACACUUUCUGUGGUGUCCUAAUUACUGCUGUCAUUGUUAAAAGGUGACCACUAGUAUAUACAUACACACACACAGUUCGUAUAUACACACACAUGCACGCACACACAACAUGUAUAUACAUGUAUAUAUACAUA